GAGGAGUUAAUGUACAAUCUGUGUGUAAUGAAACAAAGGUAGUAGCGCUUAUUGUCACCACUGGUGACUGUCGGUUUUUAUCAUAGUGUGUUUAACAGCUAGUUUAACAACUAGUUGAAUUAGUUCAAAAGUACAUUUUACCAUGGGCUCAGAAGAUGUACUCAAGAGUGCUUCAACCCUGGCAUCAUAUACUGUUCUGCUUCAGGUGAUGUUUCGGGUUUUGACGUUUCUCCUGAAUGCAUUUACUUUGCGGUUUGUAUCUAAGGAGCUGAUAGGUGUAGUAAAUGUGAGGUUGUUGUUACUCUAUUCUACAUUAGUAUUUCUAUCCAGAGAGGCGUUUCGGAGGGCGUGUUUAAGCGGUGAAGGGGCGGGGCGUAACUGGAGACAGGUGAUCAACCUGUUAUGGCUAACUUUUCCUUUAGGUUGUGUGUGGGGUUUGUUGUUGGUCUGUGUAUGGUGGUGGAUGCUUCAGGCACCUGAUCCGGAGUCAAUCCCGCAUUAUUUUCCAGCUGUUGGAUUGUUCUGCCUAGCUGCCCUAACAGAGCUACUCGCUGAACCUCUCUGGGUCCUGGCGCACGCACACAUGUUUGUUCGAUUAAAGGUGAUUGCAGAAAGCUUAGCCAUGAUCGCUAAAUGUCUUGUUACAGUAGUGAUGGUUGUCUCAGCACCUCAGUGGGGUCUUUAUAUCUUCUCUGCAGCCCAGUGUGUCUAUGCAGGGAUUUUGCUCCUUUGUUACGUGCUAUACUUUGUCCAUUUCCUCGGCUCAGAAGAAGCAGAGGGAAAAUUUUUCCCUUUUCGCCGCAUCACAGACCUGCUGCCAUCGAGGGUGAACCAUGAGCCACUACUUAACUGGAAGUUGACCACACUAACCUGGAGCUUUUUCAAACAAUCAUUCCUCAAACAGAUACUUACAGAAGGUGAGCGUUAUGUGAUGACCUUUCUGAAUGUGCUUAACUUUGGAGACCAGGGGGUUUACGAUAUAAUAAACAAUUUGGGUUCAAUGGUGGCACGUUUUCUUUUCCUGCCCAUCGAGGAAAGUUUCUAUGUUUUCUUCGCUAAAGUGCUGGAGCGUGGCCAAGGUGUACGCAAUCAGAAACAAGAGGAUGUUUCCAUAGCAGCCGAGGUACUGGAAUGUCUUUUGAAGCUGGUGCUUUUAAUCGGUCUGAUCAUCACAGUGUUUGGUUAUGCAUAUUCCCAUCUAGCACUUGACAUCUAUGGUGGAGAGCUUUUAAGCAGUGGAACAGGGCCAACUCUCCUACAGUGUUAUAGCUGCUAUGUUUUGCUGUUAGCCAUUAACGGAGUAACCGAGUGUUUCGUUUUUGCCGCCAUGAGCAAAGAAGAAGUUGACAGAUAUAAUGUCUUAAUGCUGGGCCUGUCUGCCUCCUUCCUCCUGCUUUCUUAUUGGCUAACCUGGAUGUUGGGGGGUGUUGGCUUCAUUUGGGCAAAUUGCUGUAACAUGGCUUUACGAAUCACUCACAGUAUUAUUUAUAUACAUCGGUAUUUCCUGCAAAGUGAAUACACACCCUUAUGGGGGCUUCGCCCACAUUCUGCUGUAAUAGCUGUGCUUGGAAUAAGCGCGGGCAUCACGAACUUAUCUGAGAGAAUGUUCUGCUGUGAUGGUGGCUGGGUACUAAGACUGGCACAUGUUGCCGUCGGGGCCGUUUGUCUCCUGGGUGUGGUCAUCACAGUGUUUCUAACAGAAACGAGACUGGUGCAGUUCAUCAAAACCCAAUUAUUACCCAAAUACACCAAGAAAAGUACAUGAGCUGUAUUGAUUUGGAUAAUAGCAUAUCAAAACAAGCACUAAGAGGAAGUAUCUCAUGGACACUAACAUCUGAUGGAUCACAUAUUGCCUUGUUGAACACAGGCAUAUUUAUUCAAGACUGCAUAAAAGUUCAAACAAACAGUUUGUUUUAAUGAGCAAUUUGUAAUCAUUCCAAUAUGAAAGGAGAUCCAGGAUUUAUUUUUUUCUUUGGAAAUUAAAGUUUACUACAGUGUGUAGUUUUUUUUACCACAUCUAGCAAUGCUGGAUCUUACAUAUUGUAGCAAGGAAUUUAUGUAAUUUAUAUCAAAUAUAUUUCAACGGUGCUGGUAACCAUUGUCUUUGAAAACUUUUAAGACAAAUCUGUUAAAUAUUAUAUAGUACUGUAAUACCUGGGUGCAAUUAAAAAGUUUUUGUCUAAAUGUACUUUUUUUAUUUUAAAGGGACACUUCACCCAUUUGCAUUAAGCUUUGUAUAGUUAGAACCCCAGUCAUGUUUUUGAAUGGUC